UGGAGGCAGCAGGAGGAGGAGGUCUGCAGCUGUUUGUGGACUUCAGCACGGCCGUGGACACGUCUCUGAUCCGUCAGCUGGUUAACGAGGUUUUGACUGAACACUUAGCCCUGAUGCUGGGACAGAGAGACUCCCUGGAACCAGAACCAGCUCCAGGACCAGGACCAGGACCAGGACCACCUGAGGAGGACAAAAUGGUUCCACUGGUUCUCACACCAGUACCCACACCUCCAUCCAGCCCCGCUGUGCCCAGCAGAGAGACUCCGCCCCUGACCACUCCCCCUCCCUCUGAGCCAACCAGCCUGCUGCACGACGAGUCUGCUCAGCCAAUCACAGCUCCAGAGCCUGUAGCCACGCCCACUCCCAGCCCAGAGCCCACCCCCUCCACAGGAAGUCCUCCUGCUGCUAUUGAAGCCCUGCCUCCUCCGGCCUGGGGCGACACUGAGCUGCCAUUGGACGAGGAGAGACCGGAGGAUCACCUGGGGACACGCCCACAGCCACUGGUGAUGUCAGUGGCAGAGGAGGAGCCUCCGGUGUCCUCCACCCCUCCUGCUACCUCCCUGUCUCCUCCUCCUGGUCCUCCCGGUCCUCCUGGUCCUCAGCCUGGAGCAGUGUCCCCCUGCAGCUCCUCAGAGGACUCCAGCAGCACCAGUGACACCAGUACAGGGACAGCUGGGACCGAAGCAGCGCUCAGACACAUCUCACAGGGAGAGCUGCUCAUCAGCGUCAACCAGGCACCUGUCACAGGUACCUCCCUCACAGGUACCUCCCUCACAGGUACCUCCCUCACAGGUACCGUCACCAUCACCAAGAAAAUUCUUCAGUAACCCAAAAAGUCUCAAAUUUCCCUGAAAAGUGUUUAAUAUCUAAGAAACAAUAGCCCAGAGAGUCUGUAA